UUGGGCGACCAGGUUCGGGGGAGUGAACGCCCUGCCGCCGCUCUGUCAGCUUCGCGCGCCGUCCCAAGCAGCCUCGCCUUUGAACUUCCCCGCUUUUGGCUCCGAGCGCGCUCCUUUGCCUCAUUCCCUUGCGCCGGCCGAGGCAGGCACCUUGCUCCGCGCCGCCGCCGAUUCCCCCCCCUCUUGCAGCUCCGUCGAGGGGAUCGCGGCGAAGCCAUCCUCAGGAGAGCUCCUUGACGGACGAGGUGCCCCUGGAUUGCCUUUGGGGCCUCGUCGCUGGGGCUUCCGCUUCCCUCCUCGCCGCUUCUCCGGCUCGGCCGCCUCCCCCUCCCACAUCUCCACACGCACCCUCGCCGUCCAUCGGGGCCCCUGAGCGGGGACUGGAUCGCGGGGAAAACUGGUAUGAUCAGCUGAGAGUUGAGCGGGCGCCUCGGCUGGCAAGCGGGAGCCACCGUAGGAGAAGCGGAGCCCGGGGAGCAGCGGGGCUGCUGCUGGCGGCGGCAGCGGCGGCAGCUGGGCUGCUCGAGGAGGCGUCCAUCCGGCACAAGCACCAUGUCCAAGCCCUCGGACCACAUCAAGCGCCCCAUGAACGCCUUCAUGGUAUGGUCGCGGGGCCAGCGUCGGAAGAUGGCCCAGGAGAACCCUAAAAUGCACAACUCGGAGAUUAGCAAGCGCCUCGGGGCCGAGUGGAAGCUGCUCUCUGAAGCGGAGAAGCGCCCUUACAUCGACGAAGCUAAGCGCCUCCGCGCCCAGCACAUGAAGGAGCAUCCCGACUACAAGUACCGGCCCCGCCGCAAGCCUAAGAACCUGCUCAAGAAGGACAGGUAUGUCUUCCCCUUGCCUUACCUCGGAGACACUGACCCCCUCAAGGCGGCCGGGCUACCCGUGGCAGCCACGGACUCGCUGCUCGGCUCGCCGGAAAAGGCGAGGGCUUUCCUGCCCCCCACCUCCGCACCUUACUCCUUACUUGACCCCAGCCAGUUCAGCUCCAGCGCCAUCCAGAAGAUGACCGAGGUGCCCCACACCUUAGCCACCAGCACCCUGCCCUACGCUUCCACCUUGGGAUACCAAAACGGGGCCUUUGGCACCUUGAGUUGCCCCAGCCAGCACACUCACACUCACCCGUCGCCAACCAACCCGGGCUACGUGGUGCCCUGUAACUGUACGGCUUGGUCUGCGUCCAGUUUGCAGCCUCCCGUUGCCUACAUUUUAUUCCCAGGCAUGACCAAGACUGGAAUAGACCCCUAUUCUUCAGCGCACGCCACAGCCAUGUAACCCACACAGACCAAUAAACAGACAGACAGACAGACAAACUCCCAUUGACAGUCCCACCACCCAUUACAGGCGGCAUGGAAUCCGCACCUUGGGCCAGAUCUCUGGCGUUUUGACGUUGGAAUUGGGAUCCGUACCUUUGACGUGCAUGUAACCUAACGAGACUCCAGAAAGAAAAGAUGUGUUAAAAGCCUAAAGGAAAGCCACCUGAGCACGGGAAAAAGAUGCCCCGGGAAAUCUGAUUUCACCUGGGCAAAGACUUUAAGACACACCCUCUCUCAGUCUUUCUCUCUCUCUCUCUCUUUUUAAAAAAAUUUUUGGAAAGGGGGAACUCCGAGACUUCGUAGACAUAUCCAAAACAAAACAAAAUCCCCACAAAAAAGAGAGUUGUUUUUCUUUCUGCACUUGGGGCUUGGAGGUGCCCGAAACUUGUAAGAAGUGUAAAUGUUCUCAUACUUCCAAUUGCCCCUUUGGCCAAAAGGCCAAGCAGCUUGAUUCUUUUUUUAAGAAAAAAAUAUUGUUUAUUUAUUAUGAUCUUAAUGUCUAUGAGUUUAUAUAUGAUCGGAUGUGAAUCGGACUCGAAUUCCUAAAAUUCCAGGAAGUAUUCUGACUUAAUGAUUUCCUCUGGAUUUUUUUUCAAAUUAAAAGACAAGAUUUAGCUGUUGUUAUAUAUAUCUAUAUAUCUAUAUUUUACCAUCCAGCACUAAUAGGUAAAAUUGCUUUUCAUGUCAAAAAGAUUAAAAGAUGAUGAUGAUGAAGGGGGAAAAAAGCUUUUCAGAGUUAUUAAAACAAAAGGGGAACAAACGUUUAUAUUUCAAACAUGGUAUGAUAGUGUUUGCUUAAUUUAAAACAGGUAGUCCUUCAAUUUGUGUGAAUCAGUGCAAGUAGACCUAAGUUUACUUUAGACAGAAUGUCAGAUAUGGAGUCAGGCAGUAGAAUUGUUUUUUUUUUUAAAUAAAAAAAGAAAAAAAAGAAAGAAAAAAUCAUAAUAACACGGUGGUCAUUUUAAUCUGUUUUAACAAUGUAAUAGGGAGGGGGGAAUGUAUCCAGAAGGAUUUUACCUCGUUAAUUCUGUUCAUUUGUUGAACAAAGGCAUUUUGAAUAAAGACAAUCUGUCGUCGAACCCACCAACUAUGUGCUGUGAAUCCAAUUUCGAUUUUCACAAGCUUCCACCGAGACGCUCUAUAGAUCGCCAGGAAGCUGAACCCACUGCCCCGUGGCCUAUCGUAGGGCCUGUAAAUGGCUGAGAAACGAGGGCCGGGUGACAAAUGAGCCCCUCCUAUAAAGGUAUGGGAAUUGCAAGGA